CCUUCAAGUGUCUGUGUUUAUCUGAGCUGCUGAGGUGGAGACAGACAGCGUGAGUCCUUAGGGUUUAUGGAGCUUGAUGUAGCGUUUGAGGGGAUCAGCGUGUUCGUCAGCUCUCAUCUGAUUGUCAUUGUGUCACAACAGAGCUCGUGUCAGCGGAGAUGUUGGCAGGUGCGUUAGUGCUGGGCACCAUCCUCACAGCUUUCCCAGGUACUCAGAGCAGGUGGAGCGUGUCGUUUUCUAGAAGGGUGAUCUGCGUGUGGGCAGGAACUACAGUGACUCUGCCCUGCCGGUAUGACUACCCAUCAGGUCAUACUGUGAGCCGGGUUAUGUGGUUCCGUGUGUCUGUCGAGGGUCGCAGGGAGUUUGCCCACCACACCGACCCCAACCAGAUCAGCCUGUCUUACCGUGGACGCACACGCUACAUCGGGGGAAGCUAUUCCAGCUGCUCGGUCCAGAUUCGGGGUGUGAAGCUGAGCGAUGCGGGCCAGUAUCACUUCAGGUUUGAGACAGACCAACCGCUGGGGAGAUGGACCUCCCCGGACACCAUUACUCUGGACGUAACAGACCUCCAGGUCCAGGUGCAUCCUGCCAGGCCUGGCAACAUGUUUGGAUUUGGAGAAACAGUCUUUGUAGGAUGCCGGGCCAGAGGGUGUGCUGCCCCAGGGAAGAGCUUGGCACUGUACAGCAACAAUGCAGCACAUCUGUGGAGUUUUUAAACCUGGACACCAGUCACACACUCUCAUUCUGCGCUCAGACUGGUGUCUCAAAUAUGACGCCACACAUGUUUGCUGCUGGCCUGAUCUAAGCACCUGCAACACUUGUUUUCU